AACCUGCAGCAGUACGACAUCCCCUACCCAGAAGCCAUCUUCGAACUGACAUAUUUCUUUGCCAACCCCAAGCCCUUCUUCACUCUGGCCAAGGAGCUCUACCCUGGCAACUACAGACCCAACUACGCCCACUAUUUCCUGAGACUCCUGCAUGACAAAGGGCUCCUCCUGCGCCUCUACACCCAGAACAUCGAUGGGCUGGAGAGAGGACACGGUGUGGUUCUGACCCUGCUCGCACAGGUACCUGCCGCUGCCUCUAACGGGCAGUGUUGGGUGCUCUUGCCUCAGGGGGACGUCAUGGCAGACAGGGUCCCUCGCUGUCCCGUCUGCACCGGGGUCGUCAAGCCUGACAUCGUGUUCUUUGGCGAGGAGCUCCCGCAGCGCUUCUUCCUGCACGUGGCAGACUUCCCCAUGGCAGACCUGCUUUUCAUCAUUGGGACAUCCCUGGAGGUGGACCCGUCCGCCGGCCGGGCAGGAGCCGUCCGCGGCUCCGUCCCCCGUGUCCUGAUCAACCGGGACCUGGUGGGACCCUUCGCCUGGCACCAGCGCUACAACGACGUGGCCCAGCUGGGGGACGUGGUCAGCGGGGUGCAGAAGCUGGUGGAGCUGCUGGACUGGACUGAGGAGAUGCGAACGCUAAUUCAGAAGGAAAAAGAGAAGGUGGGAAGGGGCUCAGAGCCCCCGUCUGCCUCCCUCGGCCUCACCUCCCUCCCAAUCACACUGAAAAAGCCCUGA